AUGGAUCACGUCUACGCCGACGAGGCGUGCUCCUCCCCGGAUGACUUCCACUUUCUCUAUGAUCUCCAAGGUCCACAGAGGAACCCCUCUGACUCUCUGCCACCCGCCCCGCCGUCCCUCCAGCCAUCCGUUCCGGGUUCGGAAUUUCCUGUCACUUACAUUCAAUCCACGUAUUCUUCCCUCACAGACAGCUGCUGUCCUUCUCCCGUCAAUUCCUCGUUCACCCCUUUCGCCCCCUACCCUCUCGCGUCCUUUACGGAGCAGCUCCCGGCAACCUCCCUUGCCCCCGACCCGACCUACUGCUUCCAGGCCGAGGAGAAGCCAUAUGCUAAGCCCUCCCCCAGUUCCCCUCCUGCACGCACCAUCACCUCACGCAAGCACGAGGGUUCCAAGCGCCGUAAGGUAUGGAGUCAUGCUCUCGAGAAGGCACUCUUCACUCCGGAGGAAAUAUGCACGAUGGGAGCACCACACAGACGCACCAUUUAUACUGCCAGCCUCGAGGCUCAUAUCGACCGUCUCCACCACCAGCUUCUCGAUUACUCCCUCUUUCCAAUUCCUUUCGAAAAGCUCGAGUCCUUUCGCGGUCUCGACUCCAGGACGGCCAAGAGUAUGAUCGCGGGUCUUCAGCACGACGCUUCUGAGCUGUGGCUGAAGCACCUCGAGCUUCAGUGCACCAACGAGGCACUCCGUGACGUCCUUCGCGCUCACCCUGGUAUCCUUGUUCCACCUGUGGACAAUCCCUCAGCACUUGGUCGGUCUGCACCACCACAGGCCUGA